CCUGUUUUCAACCUGCAACGUUUCAAUUUUGAGCUGCAAGUAAAGAAUUCGAUUCCUGGGCUACGGAAUUGUGAGAAUAAGUUCAAGGUUGAUUAGAUUCCUCUGCAUUUAUACUUUCUUAAACUUGUUGAACAAGCUUGACCUCCUCUUUUUCUGGACAUAUCCUCCAAAUUCGAGAAUGGCUCCCAAGCAGAAGAUCAUUAUCGAUACCGAUCCAGGCGUCGAUGAUAUCCUGGCUCUGCUUCUUGCACUCAGUGCCAAACCGGAGGAACUGGAGGUUCUUAUGGUGUCCGUCACAUACGGCAAUGUCCCCCUCCAGAGCUGUCUCCGAAACGUUGUUUCUCUCUUCCACGUGCUUGGGAAAGAACUUGAGUGGAGGAAGUCCACUGGCAAGCCCGAAGGCUUUGGAGCCAUGAAGGCAAACAAGCCUAUCGUGGCUGUUGGCCCUGACCAUCCCCUUUGCGACGAAGAGCUGAUGGCAGAUUACUUCCACGGCAUCGAUGGCUUGCAUAAUGUUCAUGAGGCUCAUCCUGAUUUGUCUCCCGCUGAAACCUGGAAAGGCAUCUUCAGUGAUGGCGCCAACGAAGCCGGAGACUAUUCUCCUUUCUUCACGCCAUCCAAGGCGCCUUCUCACCAUGAGAUUCUCCGGAUCCUCAAAGAGAACCCCAUGGACACCGUCUCCAUCCUUGCAGUUGGUCCUCUUACCAAUGUUGCCUUAGCAGCCGCAGAAGAUCCCGAGACUUUCCUUCGUGUGAAGGAGCUUGUCGUCAUGGGCGGUGCGGUAAAUGUUGAGGGAAACUGUACUCCCGUGGCUGAAUUCAACUGCUACGCCGAUGCUGUCGCUGCUGCUCGGGUUUACGCACUCACCUCCCCCAAGCCGAGCUCCACGAUGCCGACUAUUCCCCAGGAGCUUUCAACUUUGAAAGCGUACCCAACCAAACUUUCCCGCCAGCUUAAGCUCACACUUUGCCCCCUCGAUAUUACUACCCCUCACUUGAUUGGCAAGAAUUACUUCAAGGAGAACAUCCAGGCUCACGUCGAAGCUGGCAGCCCACUUGCUCGGUGGGUGUCACACUUUGUCACUAAAUCCUUCAGCAAGAUCGAGGAUAUGGAGGGGGAUGAAAACGAGCCCGGUCUUUCGUUGCACGACCCUCUGACGGUAUGGUAUAUGCUGACUCGAGAUGAUCCUAAGUGGAAGACACCCGAGAAACUGGAGGACAUCCGUGUAGAGACCAGCGGUCAAUGGACACAUGGAAUGCAUGUCGUUGAUCGUAGACUCAGAAAGAAGCCUGCCGAAGCCGCAGUCGCCCUCUCAGAAAACCCUAAUGAGGAUCCCCAUAUCUUGACUCUCGAUGAGGUCCCUGGUGACGACCAUGGUUGGCUGAGUGUUAUCAAGGGUAACCGUCUCAACCGUGUGAUCGACUCUCCCGGACAUGACAUCUUCAAGGAAGUGCUCAUGCAGCGCAUCUUUGGAUAGAGUCCAGGUUGUCGAUCUUGCGUCAGCUUAAAUAGUCAAAUAAAUUAU